AUGUCAUGCAAAGACUGGCUCGACAUCCACGGCCAUUUCUACCCUCCACAAGCACCCGGUGAGGCAGAGGCACUCGCUCAGUCCAUGCGAGAUGCUUGUUUCAUGGUCAACGGUCCCGUGACGUGGGAUGUUCAGUCAAUUCUAGACUACAAUGAUCGAGCAAAUAUCCAGAUGCAGAUGCUCUCGUACAUCCCACAAAAUAGCCCCGAGAAACUUAUAGCUGCUAAUACAUACGCAGCAGCCGUGGUAAAAGAAUACCCUGAUCGUUUUGGGCUUCUAGGGGCGCUCCCUACUGACGAUCCGGACCUGUGCUUAAAAGAAAUUGAGCGGUUGAGCACGACUCUUAUACCUGCCGAUGGCUUCGCAACAUCUACAGUUUACAAUGGCGUCGGAUUAAGCGAUUCUCACCUUGAUCCAGUUUGGGAGGUGCUCAAUGCUCGAAAGGCAGUUGUGCAUAUUCAUCCAAAUGCAUACGCAGGACCAUCACACGGCCGCCCAUCACCGCUGAUCGAGGUGGCUUUUGAUACAGCGCGGACAUGCGUUGAUAUGCUCUAUAAGGGAGUGUUCCGUCGAUAUCCGGAGAUCAAAUUCGUUCUUGGUCAUUGUGGUGGCGCUCUACCUGUCCUCUCUGGUCGACUGUCGUUGCUCGGUACAGAAUCUUGGGUGCCGAAUCCGAAUAAUCUUACGAGAGAAGAGAUAGAGAAGCAACUCCGUGGUCUCUACGUUGACACGGCUGCCACUGCGAAGACGGGACUUCCACCUGCUGUGCAGAUGGUGGGCGUCGAACAUGUCAUAUAUGGAGCAGACUGUGGAGUUCCAUGUUCUACUGAGCAGACCAUGGAGGAGAACAAAGCUGAUGUACUGAGAUGGGAAUCGAGUAACGGUGUCUUCAAGGGAAUGAUUAUGACGAACGGAUGGCAUCUAUUCCCCCAAGCGGCGAUCAGGGCCGGUAUAGAAUCGGAUCUGAAUCUGUGGGAAGAUUAUUGGAAGUUGAAUCUAAUGUGGGCCUUUAUCGAACUUCAGACAUCCCGGCAAUACAAGCGCCAGCUUCUACGCUUCCUCAGAUGCAAGAUGAAUCUCAACUCAAUGGCCAACCCUCACUGGAGAGCACUUGACACAUUCUUAUUCAUGUAUAUCAAACACCCCAAAAAACUUUACCUAAAGCUAGUGGCUACCGGAAGCUUCCGUUACUCUCAGCAAGCAUACUGCAUGAUAUGGGGUCGGUUUUCCCAUUUCUAUAUCAAUGAGCUUCUAUAUGUCAAGAUAUUCCAUAAAGGAGUACAAGAUGCUGCUAUCACGAAAUUUGUUGCAUACUUGCCACAGAAGUUGCCUCUCAAGCUCUCCCCAAGUGCUCACGUUCUAGCCCAACAAUUGACUUCAAAUGCAAACUCAAUUCCGAGUGUUCGCCGCCAGGGGCUCUUUCUCUGGGUAGCCUCAUUCGAUGUCGAAAGCGUUUACUUUCUUAUGACGCUAGACCAAAUUGUAAAAUUGUCUUUCUCGUCUCGUCUAGUGGCUGCCAGUGUGAGAUCAAAUGUUCAUCGAUGCUUGCCUGCGGCAAUCCCCAAUUCGCACCUUAUAGCGCUUUUCGCCCACCUGGGACUUUUUCAACCUAUGAUAUGGAUGGAUUGGGAUAUCCAAGAUGGCAAAUGCAACCAACUUGCUAUUCACUUCCGUAUCAAGAAUCUGAUCUAUGCAGUCCUCCUUCAGCUACAAUGUUGUCUUGAUGACCGACAUUCUCCUCAGAAAGAAAGCGAAACAAAGAAGAUGGCCAUUCCUCGACUGCCCGAAGGAACAGAAGCGUCACUGAGCUCCCUAGGACGUUUUCAUCGUCGUCAUGUUCGUCGAGCAUGCGAGUCAUGCCGGCAAAGAAAGACUAAAUGCACUGGGGACAAAUCCGGAUGCCGGAAUUGCAGAGAAGCUGGAAUCAUUUGUUGUUAUACUGAUGGUAAAAGGGAAAAAUCCAAGAGACAACUCGCAACCCUGUCAGCCAAAGUUCAGACAUAUGAGGAGGUUAUUAGAAAAAUGAGCCUACGCUUCGGAGUCUCUGAGGAACAACUAAUGAACAAUGCUAUAUCUUCUGUAUGUCCGACCACUCCGAUGACUGCUGUUCUCAGUGAGCAAUCUGAUGCAUCAUCAACAUUAACCAAAGCUCGCUCUAUCCUCGCUAGCGAUGGGUCCCAGCGCAGGUCACAGUCUCCAUCGGCUAGAUCAUCCGCUGGUACUGAUCGAGUGGAGGAGGAUUUCAACAAGGACAGCACAUCUCGAGCUACCGGAUAUAUUGGAAAUAGUUCUGAGAUGUGCUGGUUGCAAAAACUGCGCAAAAAGGUCAAUGGUGACGUUCCAGAGACAGGCCAGUCAUCUCCUCCUCCCACACCUCCUGGGAAUGAUGACGACGGUCUUAUUGCCUCAAUCAACUUUUACGCAGAUAACAAGGAGUUUGACUUAACCGAAGACGUUCAGUCGGGUGCAAUGCCUCCCAAGGACACUGCAAGCCAGCUUCUCAGGGCUUACUGGAGGUCUAUCCACCUUUCGUUUCCCAUCAUCGGAAGGUCCACUUUCCAGUCACAAUUCAACCUUUUCUUCAGUCAGCCGGGUGUCAAGCCCGGAAACAAGUGGCUGGCUAUAUUAAAUCUUAUCUUUGCCACAUCUGCCGUGUACGCCCGGCUCGUUGGGGCAGAUUGGAAGUUGGAAUUGGAGCAUCAUAGUGUUUACUUCAAGAGGGCACGCAUCUUGAGCAUGCGAGAUACACUUUUUGAUCAUCCGGAUUUACAACAGCUUCAAAUUGAAGGCUUGACAUCUUUUUACCUUCUAUCCACGGGGCAAAUCAAUCGAUCAUGGAAAGUGUCCGGUAGUGCAGUUAGGGGAGCAAUAUCUCUCGGACUUCAUCUUCGGAACGUGGGAUCAACGACUUCAGACACAUCGAAAGAAAUUCGAUAUCGCGUCUGGUGGGCGUUGUACACUCUAGACCACAUGCUGAAUGUUAUAACUGGUCGACCAUCCUGUAUCGUCGAUGGAGCCUGCACAACACCUAUCCCGAUUCCUUUUGAUGAGACUGAAUUUCAGAAACCAGAGGCUGCUCAGAUGCUCAGUAACCAUACAAGAAAGGGGUCAUGGAUUAAUGACUGGAAUCCAUCCUCUUCUAGCUUGCCAAGUCCAUCUCAAAACGGUGAAUCAUCGACCGAUAACACCGUUGCAAUCAAAUCUGAAGGAGAAUCGUCGAGCAGUAUCGAGUGGUUGAAAUCGCUACCAGUAUCAUGCUCGUUGUACUUCUUUUACGUUGCCACCCUUGCCUCUAUCUCAAAACGAGCAAACAUGAAGCUCUAUAGUGGCGAAGCAAUGCAGGCAUCUUGGGCAAGCCUCGAAUUUACGAUCCAGAGCUUGUCCAUGGAGAUUGAUGCAUGGCUCGCUAGUCUACCUGAAACGUUCGAUUUCAGACUCCCCACGCCUGACAAGGAAAAACUGACGAUAUCUCAAAAGAUGGGAAUGGCUUUUGCAUACUACAGUGCCAAGAUCUCGAUCAGUCGACCUUGUCUCUGUCAGCUUGAAAAGGACUGCCAGACUGACGGAGCAUAUGAGUUUUGCAACAAGACAGCCGCAGAAUGCGUUGAUGCUGCUACGCGGAUGAUCAACAUACUACCUGCAACUAUGGAUACAAGUACGUUGUACAAGAUAUCUCCAUGGUGGUGCACUCUUCAUUACAUUAUGCAAGCCACCACUGUGUUGCUUUUAGAACUCUCGUUCCGAGCCGAACACGUCCCCGAAAGAGCCGGCGAGGUCUCGCAAGCAUUGAAAAAAGCAGUCAAAUGGCUAUUUGAACUGUCUCAUUCGAGUGAUUCAGCUCAUCGAGCAUGGAAGCUCAGCGAUGAAUAUCUUCGCAACCUGGCACCACCAUUGAAUCUUGACAUUAGUGAUCUGCCAGAUAGUGAGAUCCUGAUGGACUCGUCGAACAAUUUUGUCUCGGUAUUGGAAAACUCGUUGCUGGACCAACAGGUCCCAGCUUUAAUGCCGUACCUGGAGACAGACACCCUGGACUUUCUAGAGACACAGCAAACAGACGGCGAGACUCAGGGAACGAUGCAGAACAACGCUUUCGACGAUUUCCUACCUUAUGACCCGAGCACAGGGCAAAUCACCGGGUCAUUCUUCCCAUCAUCAUCGACGUCUAAUCUUGAUAUGGACUUUGAUUAUAUGUGGGACAGUUCUGUAUUUUGA